CGGCAUCCGGGGGCGGACCGGACUCCGAGGCAGCCACCACGCAGGAGGCACCGCCGGCGGGUGCGGCAGCGGCGGGGGCGGGUGCGCUGUCCGGCAGCACCACUGCCGCCGCCGCCGCUGGCACCCCCGAGUUUAGCAGUGCCGAGGUGGCGGAGGUGGGUGUUCAUGUGGCCGCGCAGGAGGGCAACUCUGCAGGUGCGGGAGCUGCUGCGGGCGGCUGCGGUCCCGCGGGCGCGGGAGCUGCUGCUGCUGCGCUGGUGUCGGGGCUGGCGGUGUGCUCAGGUGGCUCCCCGCAUGCCGCCCCCGCCGCCAGCAACGGAGGCGAGGGCGGAGGCGACGGCGCUGCUGCCUCGCAGAUGGAUACCUCCGCGGCAGCGGGACCACUGGGGGGCCUCCCCUGCGCGGGCAGUGUCAGCGGCGGCGGUGCGGGAGGCCUGCCGCCCGUCCCUGAGGGCUGCCCAGACGUGGACAUGCAACCCGUGACUGAGGGGCAGCCGCCGGCGGAGGAGGCCAUGCCCCCGCCCCCGCCGCUGCCCCCCUGCCCCGGCUGCCCCACCCGCUCUGUCAGCAUGGUCACGGCACCGCUUCGGGCCGGGAGCACCGGCGCACCGGCGGCAGGGUCCGCCCAGCCGCUGGGGUCGGGGGCCUACUCCAGCGGUAGUGGGGAAGGGGGUGCCGCCGCCGCCGCCGGCCCCGCUGCCGGCGCGCCUGUUGCCAGCGCCAGUGCCGCCGCGCACGCGCAUCUGCUGCAGCACAUGGGCCCCGAGGGGCUGCGCUGCCUGGUGUCGCUGCUGGUGCGUACGGCACAUGACGCGGGGGGCAUGUGGGGGUACGGCAGGAUGCUGGCGGCGCAGCAGCAGCAGCAGGCGAGGGGUGGGGCUGCUGCUGCGGUGGAGGCGGCGGAGGCGACGGCAAACGGAGGCAACGCUGCCGCCACCGCCGCUGCUACUGAUGCUGCUGAUGGCAGCAGCGCCGGCGGUGGUGGCGGUGGUCCUUCGGAGGCUGCCGCCCCCAGCGUUGCUGUGUUGAGCGGUGCCGCGGAGGUGGCCUGCCGGCUUGCCUCCAAGGCGCUGCAGGUGCUGGGGCGGCUGCUGCAGUGGCCGGGGCUGCGGGAGGUGUUCGUGGAGGAUGCCAGAACCGUGCCCAUGCUGCUUGAAACCCUGGCAUGCGAGUUCUCCCCCGCCCUCCGCGAACAAGCCGCAGCCCACCUGGAGGGGGUGCUGACAGCCCCCACCUCCUCCUCCUCCUCCUCCUCCUCGCCCUCCCCCCACCACUACCUCUGGUCGCUGCGGGCGCUGUCCGGGUUGCGCCGCGCUGCUGCCGCCCGCCCUGCCGCCUGCCUGGAGCUGCAUGCGCUGCUGGGGCGGGUGGUAGCGGGGCUGCCGGAGCAG